CGGCCAGCGUCGAGGUGGGGUGGGGUCUGAGGUCGAGUCUACUCAAAGCAGCGUGGGCCAGUGUGUACAAGAUAGACCGCGGUUUUGCUAGGUAGUCGCGGAGAGCAGGGGAUCUCGAAUAGGAAGGACGCAUGUAUUAUUCAAAAGAAGCAACGUCAAUUCUUCGCCUGGGCUGCCGAAUCGAGUGAACGAUUUCCGUGCGUGCAUUCAGUUGACCAGUGGCACAGAUAGGAUAACAUUGUAUUUAUUGAAAGUGGUUUCUGUGUAAUGUGACGCUUACUGAACAAAAUAUUUGCAUUUGUUAACACAUACAGAAACAAAAUUUCAACAGAUGUGUUUGUGAGCAUAUGUAGAGCAGAAAUAUCCAUAGCAGAACUUUUGGCAAAUUCGAUUUGAAGCAAAUUAUAUUUAAUGCAAAAAUUGCAACAAAUAGUAUCCAAUUGAUUAUCAUGGCAUGUAAGGAAAGAACAAGGUGAAACAUGAAUAAAAAAAGGAAAUGAUUUGGGACUGAAGUGUGGUAUGGAUUUUGAUUCAAUAGGAAGAAGCACUGGACAAUGUAGUUACUUUACAAGAUUUUAAACUCGGCAACGUCAGGAAGUUGUCCACAUGUGAAAUGAGAUUUGGACAUUCUAGAAUGUUGGGACGAAAGUCUUAGAAUCUUUAGCCAAUCUCGUGAGUUUACAAGUGGUGAAUCAAGUUUACCUUGGAAACCGCCAUACCAACCGGGACCAGCACUGCGGAGGUUUACACUGGACUAUGGGCAUCUGUCUGGACACAGAGCAGCAGAAUGGAUCGCAGGUCUUCGAGGGUCAGCACCACGGGGGCCGAAUGGCGUGGGGACAAGAAGAAGAGGACCCACGCUUUGCAACCACACCGCCAGAUGGCCAAUUCCCCAUGCAUAACGGUGGCCAUGUCAAAUUCGAAGUACCAAAAGUGCCAGUUAUAUUUGUCCUGGGAGGGCCUGGGAGCGGUAAGGUGACGCAUUGCGACAACCUAAUGCAGGAGAAGAGAGGAAUUACACACAUCAACAUGACAGACCUCCUGCAACAGUACGCCAUUGAUAUGAAGGACUUUGGACAGCUGUCUAGCAAGACGGUGACAGAGGUACUGAUGUUAGAAAUGAAGAUGGCGCCGGCCGCCAAAACGUACCUGGUGUCUGGAUACCCAAGGAAUAUGAGAGACGUAGUGGAGUACUCGGAAAAGAUCCAAGUAGUGAACGGGGUCAUCCUAGUGAGCUGGAGACAGAAGGUGUUGGAGCGUCAGAUAGACUACGGCGCCAAGUUGGGUCACGUCGUCCUCAGCCUAGCGAAAAUGGAGCUCAACAAUUUUUAUAAGAACGUUAUGCCCGUCGCAGAUUACUUCGACCAAAGAGAGAUGCUGCAUGCCGUGAAUGGCGAGCGUAACCCGAGCGACGUGUACAAAGAUUUCCGAUCCGUGGUGCUGCAGAUACUGGGGAUGCACGAUCACGGCUUAGGGGGGCCGGUGGCGCCGGCGAAUAUUGCUUCGGUGCCGGUAACCGAGAAGGUCUCGGAGUCGAUGCCUUACAAGGCGCCUGCUAAGGGCUUUCCGCCAGUUAUCUGGGUUAUAGGAGGUCCUGGGAGCAACAAGUCUGCCCUUUGUCAGAAGGCAGUGAGACAAGCCCCGGGCUGGGUACACUUCAGCGUGGGGAGGUUACUCCGAGCCACAGCGGAGACAACUGACCCCAGGCAGGGCAACGACUCCCACCUCGUGCGACAAGCGAUAUCGUCUGGAGAAAUGGUGCCACAAACGUUCGUACUGCAGCUGGUAGAGUCACAGAUGACAACCAACAUGAGCGCUCAGGGGAUCCUCAUGGACGGAUUCCCCCGGGACAUGAAUCAAGUGUAUGACUUUGAGAGCAAGUUCAAGCAACAGCCAAUCGUCAUUCUGCUGGACUGCUCGAAACUGCAGCUGGGUAGAGGGCGCCUUGACGACAGCGUUGCAGCUUUUCGACGUCGUUUGGAGUUGUUCCGUGAGCUCUCGCUGCCAAUGCUGAAGACCCUGGACAACGAGAAUCGCCUCACCAUAGUAGAUGGAGACACAGACACACCAAUAGUUCAAGAAGACUUCAACCGCGUAGUGUUACAGCAGAUUGAGCACUUGAAACGGACUGGAGGAAUGAUUGUCCCUAGACAGCCUUUGCCAAAACAACAGCAGCAGCCUUUUCCUCCACUCGCAAAUGGAACAAAUCCCAUGGUACCACUUGCUGGCGGACAAUAUGAUGCCACGAUACAGGACCUCGAGUCGGAUGAUGGGCGAGUUGGCAAUCCGAUGAAACCAAACGGGGUACCCGUCAACACCAUCAGCAGACAAGUAGCCACCGCUGCUAUUCAUCACGUAAGUGGGCAACAGAUAACAAACGGGAAUUUAAGGGCUGCGAUACCGAACGGGAUUACUGGGGCCGCAGGACAAAUGCCUGUGAUAAACAAUAUGAUGGAGUAUACAAACAUCAACGGACCAAAUGUGCCAGGGGGAAGACCGUCCAGAGAUACCAUCAGAGACAUGUAUGCGAACGUGGAGAGUUAUCCCAUGGACUCUCACCUGUGAUGGCGCAAACAUGAUGUGCUACGAAGCAGUAAACUGAAGUGAGGUUCUAUUGCACCAGGACUGCAACUCAUAUGUCCCUAAGAGACUAUAUAGAAUCAGUGUCGACAACCAAACAGGAAAGACCUGGAAAAAUAGCUUUGGUGCUAUGGUUAUGAAGUGACGCCAGUCCAAGUGCAACACCUACAAAACUGAAGAGUAAUGUCUUCUUUGAUUGGAUAUACUGGAUAAGAUUAAAAUAUUACACAGGAAUAGGCCUACCCUCUCGUCGUCAUAUGCAUUAAGGGCUAACAAGAUGAAAACGCAACAAAUUAUGGAAAAGAAAUCCAGCCACAUAGCAAGAGUAAAACAAAAUUCUGGAAUGGUUCAGUGGUUAAAGUAAACUCGAUAUUGGUGAUAUAAGUGAUUUCAUUGUUUGAUAACAGCAGCAUUUUACUACGACUGUCUGACAGAACAGUGUUACAGAAGACUAACUUGACAGCGUUUGUGAACCAUUGUGCUCACAGCAGGGAGAAUACGAAAAAUACGAAAAGUAGAAGUUCGUCUCAACAUGUGGGCAGCCUGUCCACGAACAGAGAGGCCGACAUAGGAUUUCGGCAUACUAUAUACUAAUGUUCAUUAUAUUUCGGACGGAUUGUAUGUUCUGUGAGUGUAUUCCAAGUAAAGAUAACAUUCACUCUCACACGGAUGUAAUUCACAGUGGAAUGAAUGUUUCACAAUAAUUUCAAUUAUGAGUAUCAAUUAACAGCGACCAGUCCUCUAAAUAAUUUCAAAAAUGUUCUUAAAGUACGUGUACAAACAUUCAUUCUAGAAUGCACCGACUGUGAAUGUGUAAUUUACUUAACCAUGCUGUUCAAAAUUCAUUUUAAAUAUUAUAUUACGUAAAGAUGAUAAUUUAUACAAGAAUCAGUUAACAUAUGCACCCAUAUACAGGUUUUCCAAAACAAGUUUUAAAUAUUACUUAAAAUAGGCUGUCAAAAAGAUAUGCUUUCUCGUUCUUAUGUUGUGUAAUAUUGUUAUAAAUGCGACUAUGUGUUCUGAUACUCUUAAACUCUUUCAAAAUAUCUUAGAAAUGUCUUUAUGUUCAUUUUUCCGAAGAUAUAUAAAUGAUCUGCAAGUAUCUCGAACGACGCCUAAAUUUUAAGGAUUAAAGUUAAUUAUGACGAACAGGCUGUUAUUAUAAAUUUCGGAUAAGAAGACAAUUAAAAAUUAUAUCUUUCAUUCGUGACAAAACUUGAAAACUUUGAUCCAUCUUCGCUUCAUGUCACUUUAUUUCAGCAUUUAAUUUUUCAAGUCCCAUCCAAUAAAAGCUUCUUGAUAACGCAAUGCAGUUUUAGCGUUUCUGUUGUAAAUUUAACGUUACAGGGACCACGACUUACAAAUUGAUGAAGAUGUGAAAAUGAUUUUUAUAAAGGAAAAUUACAACAAACCUACGGGAUAUCUUAUUUAUAUAAUAAAUACAUUAGCUGAAUUCGGAAGAAUAUGUUUCUACGUUUAAACGAUCCAUUAUAAUGGUACGUUCGUCAAAAUUCACAUAACGUGGAAAUUAAUUAUUUUAUAAAGUCUGGGCUCAAUGAUUUCAGAACAUUAUACUGAUGACAUUUCAAUUUUUGGUAUUAACUUUUAUUUGAAACAGUUUCCUUACUUUAACUGCUGCGUUUUUACAAUUGUGCUACGAAUAAUAAUCUAAAAAUAUCACCUAAAUUCCUCCGCGGUGAUAAAAAUAACUUGGCACAGAUCUCAGUAAAUGACACAAAGCGCUCAUUAAAAUAAAACAUAAUAACUCGGUUCCUACCUCAAAGAAAACAACGCGUCUCCAUUACAAAUAUUUAUUUACUAAUGAUGUUUAGGGAAAUAAUUUUGUUUGCUGGCAAACACACGAAACACACAAUACGUUCUCUGUAAAUAAUUCGGAGCUACUUAAUAUUAAAAGAGGCGGUACAAAUAGAUACCACUGUGCCUUAAAGAGGUAAACUUACUUCUGACUGCACAUAUAACUGUUUAAAUUGUGAGAAAGUGUUAAACUACUGCUGAAUUACUGCUCGCCAUUUGAUAAAACUAAACUUCCUCUGGUAACAAACGCAUUUUCAAAAUCUGCAGACCUCCUACAGACUCUGAGUCGCCAUAUGGAUAUACACCUCUCUUAUGUUGAACACUGUCUAUUGUUUGAGGUGUAUUAGACAUAGACCUUUACACUGUUUAGCAAUCUGACUGUACUAACGUCUUCAAGCGACUGGUUAUUAUACUAAUCUUCAAAAAAAAAGCUGUCAGUAUAAUAAGAUCAAAUGACCUGAGAAUCGGAACAGAGCCAACUCUGAAAAUAAAACGAGUGUCAAAUAUACAUCAGACAAUGGACAAUGUCUAACGUGAUAUUCGAAUACUUUCACAGACAUUUACAGAAUCAUCACCCAGAUGGGAUUAAUAACUUAAAUUAAGUACACGUCGAAUGUGGUACAUCUUCAUCGUACAAAAUAAAAUACUGAUGACAUUUAACGCAUAGACCAAAUUAUGGUUGCUUACAGAUAUAAAGACCGACCUCUUCUCAAAAUCUGAACGCGUCACAUUAAGAGAUAACAAUAUUCAUCGCUUACACUUUCUGAAUCACCAAAAACAGAGUAUAUCAAUCCGUCCUUUUCAAAUAUCUGCCACAAUUUGGGACCAGUAUCUUAACAAGAGCAAUUUUUUCACUCAGAACAUCAAAUGCUGCACUGUUAACUUAAAUGAUUAGUUUAAGCAAGACGCUAAAUAAACGUUUUAUUUCUGGGAAACUUUGAUUUACUUUGCCUGUUGUUUAUCUUUGAUUUUUGUAAAAGUUGUUUCGAUAUAUUGUUCUGUAUAUGUAACUAAUAAAUAUAAAUGAAUUUAUAA